AAUCUUGAGAAGUACCAAGCCAACGACAGUACUACUAGGUUACCCACCCAAACCCGAUACAAAUGGAUCUUAUCCUAUAAUUUAAUUUAGAAAAAAAAAAUUUCCUCCUCUUUCAUCUCGUCUGUCUUGUCGUCUUCUUCAUUUUCAUAUUUUCUUUUCUUGUUUUGAAUUCUUUCUCUGAAACAAGAAGCCUCAAGAUCCAACGAAAUUAAACCUUAAUAUACGACUUGGAACCAGUCCAUCAACCUCGCUUCAGAUUGGUGUUGGUUUGUCUAGGGAUUGGUUCGGGUUGAUUUGGGUUGAAACUAGAUCGGAAACUACAUGGGAAAAUGUAGUUUGGGAUACAUCAGGUUGAAUUGUUCAAGCAUCCUCAUGUAUUGCUUCUUCAGUAUAGAAACUCCAUCUUCAAGCUUCCUGGUGGUCGUUUGAGACCUGGUGAAUCAGAUAUUGAAGGUCUGAAACGCAAACUCGCGUCAAAGCUUUCGGUUAACGAGAAUGUUCUUGUUUCGGGUUUGGAGGUAGGAGAAUGCAUUGGGAUGUGGUUGAGACCAAACUUUGAGACACUGAUGUAUCCAUUCUUGCCUCCCAAUGUGAAACACCCAAAGGAAUGCUUAAAGCUUUUUCUUGGGAGACUAGCGCUACAUCAGCAGUUUUUCGUGCCUAAAAACUUCAAACUCCUCGCUGUUCCCUUGUCCCAAAUCCAUGAGAAUGAAAAGGUAAAAAAAUACUAAGGGGGGCUUAUUGAAUUAGGGAUUUCAUAAAAUUUCAGUUUUUUUGAAAAAACCGAUGACGACGUCUUUGGUAGUUUUAACUUUUUUUCUCUAGUACCUCAAAAAGUCAUAACAAUGGCUACUAUCAUUCAGGUAAGCUUGUUUCACAACCCAUUUCUGCCACUCUUAUCAUCUGAUCUUUCCUCACGCUUCGCCAACGCCAUCAUCAUCUCAAAUCUCCUCUUCGAUCAAUCAAUCAAAUCAAAUCAAAUCAAAACCGCCUUUUACCUUCACUACUGUAGGGGCUGGAUUCGACCAUCCCCCAAGGCCCGACGAAUAGACGGCCCGGCCCGUAUAAGGUACAGCAAUAGCUCGGCUCAUCGGCUCGAAGCGCCGACUCCUCGACGCGACACGAGAGUACUUUUAGUCCAUCAUACGCCGAAUAAACGCGAGCGGUUUAGCGAUCUCACGGCCUCUCGAAGGAGCAUGUACUCCUCGGCCCAACGAGUUAAAAGCCCACAAAGACGAUGCGAGUUAGGUCACGGGAGGGCAUUAGGUCAACUAUAUAAGGAGAGAAAGGGUGCAACGUAAAGAGGAUCCGAAAUCACUCAUACAUACUUGGCGGCUAGAUUAGGGUUUUGACAUGGGUUAUCUCGCUUUGUUGUAUCUCUCCGGUAAAGCUCUUUGAGCUCCGGUUCUUUUCCUUUUACGCAUUCCCUUUCCUUGUAACCGACGAAACGCUUUUCCGACCAUCAAUAAGACGUCUUUGCUUAACCCACAUCUAAAAACCGAACGUUCUGUCGUUCAGUACCGUUUCCUGAUCAAACAGUUGGCGCCCACCGUGGGGCUCGAACCCACGACCACAGGGUUAAGAGCUAUCAUGGCGCGCCUUGCACAGCAAAACGCAGCCCAGAAGGCGGCGACCGACCAAAUCGCGGCGCUCGCAAAGAUCUUAGCCCCUCUCGCUGCGAACAUGGAAGCCUCGACGGCGCAGUACCGAAGACAUCUGUUUAGCACAGAAAGAGUGACCGACGCAGCACCGGCGCGCGCAGAAGACCAAGACGUCAACGACGACGACAUGGCUCAAACCCCUGGGGGUCUCGACGCGCAAACCAUAAACGAGCUCGACGCGUUAAAAAAAUCAGUGCUUGAUAUAAACUCCAAGAUUCAUAACGUGACUAUGUCCGCUCCCCAGAUCGAGCGCGUCCUCGCAGAGUCUCUCCGGACACCGUUCACUGAAAAAAUAACGAAUGUCCGACUCCGAAGGAUGGAAAAGCUCCGUCUUCCGACCUUCGACGGUGUUUCCGACCCUUUUGCUCACGUCACAUCCUUCAACAUCGCGAUGCGACGUGCAAACCUCUCUGGCGAAGAAAAGGACGCCGGCUUUUGUCAACUGUUCGUCGAAACCCUAGAAGGCAUCGCUCUCAACUGGUUCACCGGCCUCCAGGAGAACUCCGUCAGUAGUUUUCACGACCUUUCGACGGCUUUCCUAAAAAAUUAUAUCAUGUUUACUCGACAGGAAGCCACCGCUACGUAUCUCUAGAAUCUCAACCAUGCCAAUGGGCAAAGCCUGAGGGACUUUAUGGAAAAGUUUAAGUCCAUCGUCUCGAAAGUCGACGUACCAGACCACAUAGCCGUAGAGUCGUUGAUGAACACCCUCCAUAUUAAAUCACCAUUCCGAGCUGACCUCUAUCGGCAUCCGACAAGAUCAGUGCCGGACGCUAUCGCUUAAUCCAACAACUUCAUUCGAAUGGAGGAAGAUACCAGAGCUAAGGCGGCAAAAUAAGCGGCGGGAACACAAACGCCCGCCCGAACGAACGACACCCGUCAAGAACCGCGCCAACAUUCUACGAGCGGCAAACCCAACCCGAAGAGGGGUUACAUGAACGCAGUGGACGAAGGGGAACCCUCAGGCUCUGCGGUUGUCGUGCUAGAAAAGGGAUGGAAUCAUUGGGACCGAGACACCGCGCAGCAGAAAUCCAGUUCUCCCGAACCAGCGAGCUCGAAUGCUGCGGAACCAAGCAAGUGGUGUUCGUAUCAUGAAGUCAAGUCGCACGACACGAAGGAUUGCAAAUACCUUUUCGGACAUUUCCUCAAGUCGAUCAAAACUGGCAAAAUCGAGAUAGAGCCUCCUCCGCAUAAGCCAAUAAACAAUAAGAGUUGGAGCAAAAACAAAGAGAAGAAAACUCAGAAAUCACAAGCAAGGGCUCCUCAGAAAGAAGACCAAGCCAGUCUCGAGAGAGCCCCAGUGAACAAUCUCAACCUCGAGGGUGAAUCAACUAAUGAAGAACCACACAAAAAUCGGCUACGAGUGGAAGUGAAUCUCUCUCAACAGGCCGACUCCUCAGAUGACGAAAUCCCGCCGAUAGCAUAAGAUUUGCGUGAAAAGUUGGGGAGACAAAUGGACUCCAAAGACCUACGCGCCUUGCUAGAGCAGAAGCCCGCAAAGGUAUCAGUAAAUGAGACGGAUCUCAGGACGACCCUCAAUGAAUCUAAAGCGAGAAAGACCGCCCACACCGUAGCUACUCCGAGCCUCGAACCUCAACCCACUGACUUACGCGAGCAUAUCAAUUCCAAAGCUGAAGACCUGCAUGUCAAGCUUAGUCAGCCCAAAAGAUGCGAUUCACGACCAUGCCUCGAAGCGAAGCGACAGGCGCAACUGGAGUUGAUGAAGGCUACGAGCGUCCCGCACCUCAAUGUGAUAAUGGGUGGUUUACCUCCUUGCGGGGACUCGGUAAGAGCAGUUAAAGAUUACAGACGGCAAGCUGUCACCGCUAAGAAGUGGCCCUCAAGAGUCAAAGAUGACCAUCAAAUCUCUUUCUCAGCGGCCGAUACUCACGGCAUCAGCAUGCCGCAUAAUGACCCGCUCCUCAUUGAUAUUGGAAUUGGCGAGUGCCAGGCCACGAAGGUUCUCGUCGACACGGGCAGCUCGGUCGACCUUAUAUUUCGAGAUACGCUCGAUAAGAUGGGGAUCGACCUACGCGACAUAAAGCCCUCUUCACGCACUCUCACGGGGUUCAACGGCUCCUUGGAACAGAUGAUCGGAACAAUACAUCUCCCGGUUUACGCAGGGGACAUAACCCGAACCGUUAAGUUCUCUGUUAUCCGAGCUAAGGCGCCUACGCUAUCCUCGGCACCCCUUGGUUACACUCCAUGAAGGUCAUUCCCUCUACUUAUCACCAGUGUGUUAAGUUUCUUGGGAAAGAUGGAACAACACAGACGAUCCGCGGGGACCAACGGGCUGCGAGAGAGCUGCUUAUCGUCGCAGUCAAAUUACAACAGUCAGUUUCUCUCGUCAACACAGUUACCAAACCGAUCCAUAAGAUCUACCCUCAGAAGGAAGAAAUUUGUGAGGUCCCCAUUGAUGAAGCCGACCCAUCAAGGAUCGUACGUAUCAGCGUCGCAGAUCAUUUCCUUCCUCAAAGCGAACUCUGCUACUUUUGCAUGGGCGACUUCUGAUAUGAAAGGAAUAGACCCCGCAGUCACGUCCCACGAGUUGAACGUUGAUCCGACGUUCAAGCCAAUCCGACAGAAGAGACGGGAGUUCGGACCCGAACGAUCCAAAGCAGUAAACGAGGAAGUCGACAGGCUACUCGACGCAGAUUUCAUUGCCGAGGUAUGAUAUCCAGAGUGGCUAGCCAAUCCUGUCGUAGUAAAGAAAAAGAAUGGGAAGUGGCGCAUUUGUGUCGAUUUCACUGAUUUGAACAAGGCUUGCCCGAAAGACAGCUACCCUUUCCCACACAUCGAUCGUUAGUAGAAUCGACAGCCGGCAAUGAACUCUUAACCUCCAUGGACGGCUUCUCGGGGUACAACCAAAUCAUGAUGCACGUCGAUGCCUUUCAGCCUAAAGAACGCGGGAGCGACCUACCAGCGUCUGGUCAACAUGAUGUUCGCCGAAAAACUUGGCAACACUAUGGAGGUUUACAUCGACGACAUGCUGGUCAAAUCACUUCGUGCCGAGGACCAUCUCAGCCCUUUGCGAGACUGUUUCAAGACGCUGAACGAGUACGGGAUGAAGCUCAACCCGGCGAAAUACACCUUCGACGUCACAAUAGGAGAAUUCCUGGGUUAUAUCGUCACUCAGCGAGCCAUCGAAGCAAACCCAAAACAGAUAACGGCGAUCCUUGACCAACCUAGUCCGAGGAACACUCGUGAAGUACAGCGAUUAACCGGAAGGAUUGCGGCACUCAACAGGUUCAUCUCAAGAUCUACGGAUAAAUGUCUCCCUUUUUACGAAAUCUUGCGGGGAAAUAAAAGAUUCGUCUGGGAUGAAAAAUGCGAAGAAGCGUUCAAUCAGCCUUAUCCUUAUACAUCGCCGUCACUUCCUCGGCAGCAGUAGCGUACUCAUACGAGAGGAUCAGGGCAAACAAAAACAUAUUUUCUACAUCAGCAAGCACAUGACAGAACCAGAGACGAGAUACCCAACCUUGGAGAAUAUGGCUCUCGCCAUCAUCACCUCGGCGAGAAAACUUUACUUCCAGUCGCAUACCAUCAAGGUGCUCUCCAACCAACCCCUUAGGACGGUGAUGCAAAACACCAACCAAUCAGGAAGACUAACUAAAUGGGCAGUGGAACUAAGCGAGCACGACAUCGUGUACAAGAAUCGCUCAGCAGCUAAGUCACAAGUCCUUGCUGAUUUCUUGAUCGAGUUAACGCCGGAGCUAGAACAAGAUCUUGUACUACAAAGCCUAAACUGGAUACUGCACGUAGAUGGGUCAUCUACGAACAAAGGUUCGGGGGUAGGCGUACAGUUACGGUCACCUACAGGCGAGCUAAUCCAACAGUCGUUCAGUUUUGGUUUCGCGGCAUCCAACAAUGAAGCCGAAUACGAGUCUCUCAUCGCAGGCCUCCGUCUCGCUAAAGCAGUCAAGGCCAAACGAAUCAGCGCGUACUGUGAUUCCCAGCUCGUGAUGAGUCAGUUUCUCGGAGACUACGACGUCAUGAAAGAUAGGAUGGACGCCUAUCUGAAGCUCGUCAAAGACAUCACACAAGAUUUCAAGUUCUUUGAACUCACGAAGGUUCCUCGCGGAGAGAACGUAUGCGCUGACGCCCUCGCAGCCCUCAGAAGCAAGCUACACGACCAAGUGAAGAGGACGAUCAAGAAGCCAAGCAUCAGUCCAACAACAGAGCAGCUAACCAUCACAGCGUCCGUCACUGAUGCAAUGCACAUUGACGAGGCAGAACCUCGCACAACAGAAGAUCAACUCGAUGAUUGACGAACGGAGUUCAUCGCUUACUUAGCCGAUGGCAUACUACCUACCAAGAAGUGGGAAGCAAGACGACUCAAACGACGCAGUGCGCACUUCGUCGUCAUGGACGGAGAACUCCAUCGAUGGACCGCAACAAAAGUACUCCUCAAGUGCAUUUCCGGGGAUGAAACAAGGCUCGUUAUGGCCGAAACGCAUGAAGGAGCGGCAUGCAAUCACUCAGGAGGGCGAGCUAUCGCACUGAAGGUGAAGAACCUCGGUUUCUAUUGGCCAACUAUGAACGCAGAUUGCGAGUUCUACGUCAAGAAAUGUGACAAGUGCCAGAGACACGCUUCGACCAUCCACAGCCCGACGGAGUUGCUCCAUACCUUGACGGCGCCGUAUCCUCUCGACAGAAGAGAUUCAUCCUAGUCCUAACGGAUUACUUCACUAAGUGGGUAGAAGCAGAAGCCUACGCCAGCAUCACCGAUAAGGAGGUGCAAAAGUUCGUUUGGAAAAACAUCAUCUGCAGGCACGGACUCCCCUACGAGAUAAUCACACACAACGGAUCCCAGUUUAUCUCACACAAAUUCAAAGAGUUCUGCGACAGGUGGAGAAUUCGACUCAACAUGUCCACGCCGAGGAACCCGCAGAGUAACGGUCAAGCCGAGUCCACCAACAAGACAAUCUUUGACGGACUCAAAAAGCGACUCGGCUUGAAGAAGGAUUGUUGGGCCGACGAACUAGAUGGAAUCCUAUGGUCCCAUAGAACAACUCCGCGUGGAGCAACGAAAGCCACCCCUUUCUCGAUGGCCUACAAAGUCGAAGCAAUGGCACCCGCUGAGGUAAACGUAACGAGCUUACGCCGUUCCAAGAUGCCGUAAAACAUCGAACUUAACCAUGAUAUGCUCCUCGAUGCAUUGGAUAAUAUAGAAGAGAGACGCGACCAAGCGUUGCUUCGCAUUCAGAACUAUCAACAUCAAAUCGAGAGCUACUACAACAAGAAGGUUAAGUCCCGUCCCCUCGAAUUGGGUAACCUAGUCCUCCGCAAGGUGUUCGAAAACACUAAAGAAUGGAAGGCCGGCAAACUCAGAGCCAACUGGGAAGGACCUUACAAGAUCACCGAGAUAGUCAAACCCAGAGUCUACCUCCUCGAAACUUCAACCGGAGAAACGGUGCCACGAGCCUGGAACUCGAAGCACCUUCGACUAUUCCACAGCUAAGCAAGCACCAAAAGCGGGUGAACGACUAACGGUCACGUUCACUCGUUCCAAAAAAAAAAACCGAGUAAAUGCGCUCCUAGCCACUUUUACUCGGAAAACAAAGAACUACGAAUCGCUUGAUCCCCCACAAAGGAGGUACGUAGGCAGCCUUAACGGGUCCAGCUGUAACAAAAAAAAACAAACUCCUCUCUCGAGAAGUUGCACCCAUGCGAUGCCUACACGAGCUCGUCCCGACCUCUCAAUCAAACGUACUGGCACUCGCACCCCACCACCGAAUAUGUCCUGAUCAGACACGUACUCGCAUGGACUUGGUUAUAUCACAGCAACAAGCUGAUAUAUCCGAAAUGACGACCUCUACCUAUUUUAUGAUUUACUAGAGAAGGUUUGGCCAACCAAAUACCUGGGAUCACUUUUGAAUCAGAGUUGGGACCGUUGUCAUUUGAAAUUCUUAGUCCCGAGUUACCCGCCUUUAGUUCGUACUUAGUCAAAGCACAGAUCGUUGCGACGAACAAACGAGGUAACUUAACGACUAAAUGGCCCAGCGACCUACGGUUGCAAGCAGGGAAGUUAACUACAGGGUUAGGGCUGAACCCUCUUUUGUUUAUUAUAAGCCCAACCCUAUUUUAACCCUAUUAUAAUCAAGGGUUAGGGGUGGUACCAGGGUUAGCUCAUUUAAUUGAAAAAAAUAUUUCAUUUAUUUUUGUUCUUAAAUUUUAAAGAUAAAAGUAGAAAAAUUAAGAUAUGAUAUGAUUCUUUCCUCCAAUUUGUUGGGCAUCAAAAUCAAAAGUUUUUCUCCCAAUCGCAAAAUCGAGUUUUUGCUCCACACUAAGAAUAAAGUUUUUCCGUCAAAAAACAAAAAUUGUGUUUUUUCCGCCAAAACCUAAUAUGGGUUUUUUCACCAAAACCGCAAAAUCAAGUUUUCCCGCCAAAACCGCAAAAUCAAGUUUUCCCGCAAAAACCGCAAAAUCGAGUUUUCCUGUCAAAACCGGUAAAUCGAAUUUUCCCGCCAAAACUGUAAAAUCGUGCUUUCCUGCCGAAACAGCAAAAUCAAGUUUUCCGCCGAAACCGGCAAAUCUGGUUUUCCCGCCGAAACCGCAAAAUCUAGUUUUCCCCUCAAAACCGCAAAAUCGAGUUUUUCCGCCAAAACCGCAAAAUCGAGUUUUCCCGCCGAAACCGGCAAAUCGAGUUUUCCCGCCAAAACUACAAAAUCGCGUUUUCUCACCGAAACAACAAAAACGAGUUUUCCGCCGAAACCGGCAAAUCGGGUUUUCCCGCCGAAACCGCAAAAUCGAGUUUUUCCGCCGAAACCGAAAAAUCGAGUUUUUCCGCCAAAACUAAAACCGCAAUAUCGAGUUUUCCCUCCAAAACCGGCAAAUAGAGUUUUCCCGCAAAAACCGUGAAAUUGAGUUUUACGGGUUUUCCAGAAAAGCUUAAUUUUACGUUUUCACGGGAAAAUUCGAUUUUGAGGUUUUGGCGAAAAACUCGAUUUUGAUUUUUUUGGCGGGAAAACUCGAUUUUGAACUUCCUCCUGGAAAUUCGAUCGAUGCACCGACGAAUCCUCUCCCACGAGAUAUUUCCCCAACGUUCUUGAUCGAGUCUCGCUACUGCACGCGCACUUGACAGGAAUUCCUCUGGGUACUCGGGUGACGUCGGAUGAUCAACUGCAUAAAACAAAGAAAGAAAGACAGAAAAGAGGAGGUCAGUACCCGAGAAACCGACAUGGACUAAUAGAAGUGUUCUACCAAGCAAAGUGUUCCAUAGAACUCGAUAAUCUUCGUCUGGAGGAUCAUCGAAGGCACAGUCGUCAGACUUGACAAAGAAAUAGGACUGCUGCCAGUCCACCGUCUUGGUAGGAUGCCCCCCAAUCACGGUGUAGUUUGGCCGCAUCCUAAUCAAGAGAAGGCCUUCAUCUUGCGGGUUAAUGGACGUCAGCUGCUCAAACGCCCAAACACUGAAAGUGACGUCGAUCUCAGCAGCCAUGACCAUCAAGGAGACCGCAAUGCGCCAUGAGCCAUUCAGGAAUUGACUGAGCGCCGCAUGCGACGCCUCACAUACGACGUAACUAACCGAGGAAUCGGGAACCAAAGCUUCGUAUCAUCGUGAAAAUAGGAUUCGUAGACGCAUUGAAACCCGACAGGCGGCAACCAAGGCCUCUGACUCUCCGAAGGAAUCAGGAAGGUCACUCCGACUCCUCCACGCUCCCUUAGAAGCCUCUUCACGCUACCCGGAGUCGAGCACGUCUUGAGAACGUUCUCCCAAGAUUGACCGCUUACUUUCGACGGACGCAGAAGCUCGGGAGACAAAGCGGGAAGCUCCUCAAAAAUUCCCCCGGGAUAGUGGCACGUCGGUACAUAGUUAAUAGGAGGAGUCUCGUCCCUCGCGCCUCCCCGACCGUCCCUCGCGCAAGCCUGCUCGUCAUUCGGAGCUUCUCUAACCGUUCCUAGGUGAAGACGCGCCGACUCGGAGACUAACAGCCUCUCAGGAACGUCCAGGCUUCGAACAUCCAUCAUCGCCUCACGAUGGAUCGACUCAAACUCCUCGAGCGGAUCCUCGGUCGCGUCUCUCGAUGGACUCGACGAAGUCACGGCCGCCUUUCCUUUUUGCUUACGAGAUAACCUCCCAUCGGACAACAUAAUGCUAUAUAUGAUACAACAACAAUGUAGCGAGAGAAGCAGAGAGGAAGAGAGAGAAAAUACCUAAACACGCGAAGAAGAAUGAAGAGAGCGAGAAGUAAACGGGUAUUUAUAGGAAGAAGUUCUGGGCGCUCCCCGAGGCGUCAUCAUUAGGCCUACUUGGGCCUAUUUGGGCCUUGAAAAGGCAGUUAGCUGCCCACGAGACCGACGUGUCGUUUCAACUUCCCGCUUCAACCCGGUUCGACCUAUACCAAAUCAACGAUUGAGAUCAAAAUUCGGUUAACAUCUUUCGAAGUACCAUUCGAGCCUCGCGACUUUACGACGGACAGUCUAUGCUUCAAAACCAUCAUCUCCCAAAUUCAUCGAGUUCAACGAAACGCUUAUCCGACCAUAGGGCGUAGGGACUUACUGUAGGGGCUGGAUUAGACCAUCGCCCAAGGCCCGAAGAAUAGACGGCCCGGCCCGUAUAAGGUACAGCAAUAGCUCGAAGCGCCGACUCCUCGGCGCGACACAAGAGUACUUUUAGUCGAUUAUACGCCGAAUAAACGCGAGCGGUUAGCGAUCUCACGGCCUCACGAAGGAGCAUGGACUCCUCGGCCCAACGAGUUAAAAGCCCGCAAAGACGAUGCGAGUUAGGUCACGGGAGGGCAUUAGGUCAGCUAUAUAAGGAGAGAAAAGGUGCAACGUAAAGAGGAUCCGAAAUCACUCAUACAUACUUGGCGGCUGGAUUAGGGUUUUGACCUGGGUUAUCUCGCUUUGUUGUAUCUCUCCGGUAAAGCUCUUUGAGCUCUGGUUCUUUUCCUUUUACGCAUUCACUUUCCUUGUAACCGACGAAACGCUUUUCCGACCAUCAAUAAGACGUCUUUGUUUAACCCACAUCUAAAAACCUAACGUUCUCUCGUUUCAGUACCGUUUCCUGAUCAAACAACUAUAUUCAGUAUGAUGUUCUUUGGUUCAUAUG